AUGGGAGAAUUUAUUUAUGAUAUUCAAGAAAAGGUAGAACAAUUGUAUGGACAGGUAUUGGAGGAUAGACAAAAGGCACUUCCUCACUUUACAGGUUUGGGACCACCCGACCUUUGUGUGUUGGUCAAGUCAUAUGAACCACCCAAGUUUGUCCCCGGACUAAAGGCUACCACCUACAGCUCCUAUCAUUGGGUGUCGGGACUAGACACAUCGUCAACGUCGAGCAUAGCAGUCUAUCUCGGCACACUCAUCGAGAAUCAGGAAAAAUCGACUGGCUUUGGAAGAGGUACCUACAAAAUAGAAGGAUGUCAUUUUUGUAUCUACAACUCGUUUCAAAAGAUGGAUAUACACGUGGAGCUGGGUAUAAACAACUCGCAACCAACCGUCUACAGUGUCGGUGCCAACGGAGAACGAAACCCAGUCGAAGAAUCUUUUUGGAAGGAAACUUAUAUAUCGUCGGUACUUCGCUCAGUCUCUGAUCAACCUGCAUUCCUUCGUCCAUUGAAAAUACUUCCAUGUCUUCAAUCUGCUGAUGAAGAAUCUAAUUUUCUUCAACUUUGUUCUCAACAUUUUUGGCAAGGAAGAAAAUUAGGAGCACAUGAUGGAGAAUAUGUAGAUAUUAAACAACAACCAGAUCCAGAAGGAUUCGAGGUUGAUGAUAGUAAUAACAUAUUGGUGGAAUCAUUGGUCAAUUAUUUCAACUCUAGAAAUAGGUACGAGGUGAUAGUAUCCUUUUUCAGUGAGUUUAUAGCCACUGAAUCAUCCAUCUCUACGAUUGUUGCUCGUGCCAUGAUGCACUUGAAUCAACCAACACAGGCAUUUGCUCUGCUCGACCAAGCACUCCACAAAUGUCCAGAGUCAACCUCUAUCCUCAUGGAAUACGCAGACUGUCUCUUGAUGCUCCAUAAAAAGCAAGAGCAUACUUCAUCCUCUCCAAACAACCAAUCACAAUCAUCUACGCCAAAACCAGACAUCCUCGUCAAAGCACUCAAAUAUGCUUUGAAAUCAAUCUCUCUCAAACCUCAAAUAGUCAGACAUUGGAAAAUUGCUGCUAAUCUAUUAUCUCAAAUGGGUCAAAUUGAAUGGUCAUUAAUAUUUUUAAAUAAUGCACCAUAUUUAAAAACUGAUACAUUGACAGAUACAAUUGGUAAAAGUAAAUAUGCACGUGUUACACCGCCUCCAGAACAUCCAAACAUGUUGACUGUAUUGGAGGAUGAAGAGAUUGAAUUUGAUGAAGAGCCAGGUGACGACUUUUUAAAGAGAUUGACAUCAGUUUCCUUGCAUGGAGAAUCACUUGAAAUAUUUAACAUGUUGGUUGGAAUGUACAGAAAUGUUGGAUGGUUGGAAUUGGCCGAGAGAAAAACAAAAGCUCUCGAUCAACUUGCACAAACAGCUAGAGGAAGACAAACUAUUAAAUCAAAUUCUUCUUUAAAUAAUAGUAUUAUUCAAUCUUCAUCCUCCUCACCACCACAUAGUCAACAACAACAACAACAAACAUCAACCAACACUGUAAAUAGCAAUAAUGAAAAUCACCAACCUCAAACUACUACUUCUCCUUCAUCAUCUUCAUCUCCAUCAAAAGAUUCAUCCAAGGAUGGACACAACACUUCUUCACCAAUUAAUAGACCAAAAGCAACUGAAAAUUUAAAAUCACCAAAGGUAGAGGAAGGUUUGUGGAAUGAUGAAGAUGAUGUACAAUCAGAAGGUAGUGAAAAGGUAGAGGAUGUUGAUUUAAGUGAAGAUCUAAAGAAUGUAAAUCUCAACAAAACAGAACAAGUAGAAGAAGAAAACAAAGAUCAAUCAAAACAAGAGGGAGAGGGAGAAGAGAAAUCAACAGUCUCUUCCACUGAACCAACUUCUGAAUCUACUGCUACCGCUACAACUACAGUAGAAGUAGUAUUACCAAAAGAACCAAGAAAAUUAAAAGUAUUUGAUCAAGAAUCAUUACAAACAUCAGAGAUUGAAUCACUUAGAUUAGUAUUGGAACCAUUUAUCAAAGAUUAUGGAUUGGAAUCAACCAAAGAGGAGGCAACUAGAGAGUUUGUAGAGAUUGAAACACCAAAUUUCAAGGCAAGAUUGCCAGUUGUCGAGAUUCGUAGAAAUGUCGAGCUUGGAUUCCACGCCCUCUUUCAAGAUGUAAAGGCAUACCAAUCUUGGAAAGACGAGUCUCAAACCAAGAGAACCAUGAUUGACAGUGGAAAUGUCAAAGAUCUCAAACACGUCAACGCAACCAGAACCUUUGCAGACUGGGUCCGUCUAGGUCAACUAUCAUUUAGACUUGGUGAUUUAUCAGAAUCUGAAAAACUAUUCAUACUCGUCCAACAUGACAAGUUUAGUUCAAAAGCACUCUCUGGACUCACUAGAAUAUUUUGUAGGGUUGGGGACAUUAGAAACUGUCUCAUCUCAUCAUCGACACUGUCAAAGUACUAUACUGACAAGGUCAAGGCCGUAGAUAUUAAUCCAAUCGUUCAAAAGUGUGUACUAGAUCUGAUUGCCCAAUUUGGACUCCAAAAAGUUAGAAAUAUUCAUUCAAGUAUCUCUGAUCUUUCACCAAUCAUUGGUAGUCUUUAUUUAGAUAGUAAUCCAGACAGAGGAUGGAUGGCUCAAUAA